UUACAGGUUUACCCCUUUUAUUCAGCAGUCUAACUCACGCACUCUCAAUUCCCUUAGCAGCCAAACUGCGCAACAUCGUCCCUCCCCAAAGCUCUUCCACCAAUGGCUUCGGAGAAGAAACUUUCGAACCCUAUGAGGGAGAUUAAGGUUCAGAAGCUCGUUCUCAACAUCUCCGUCGGUGAGAGUGGCGAUCGUCUCACUAGAGCCGCUAAGGUGCUCGAGCAACUCAGUGGUCAAACCCCUGUCUUUUCCAAAGCAAGGUACACUGUCCGUUCCUUUGGGAUUAGAAGAAAUGAGAAGAUUGCUUGCUACGUCACCGUUAGAGGCGACAAGGCGAUGCAGCUUCUGGAGAGUGGUUUGAAAGUGAAGGAAUAUGAGCUCUUGAGAAGAAACUUCAGUGAUACUGGGUGCUUUGGCUUUGGCAUUCAGGAGCACAUCGAUUUGGGAAUCAAGUAUGAUCCAUCAACUGGUAUUUAUGGAAUGGAUUUCUUCGUUGUUCUAGAGCGCGCUGGAUAUCGUGUGGGACGUCGCCGCAGGUGCAAGUCACGAGUUGGUAUUCAGCACCGUGUCACAAAGGAGGAUGCCAUGAAAUGGUUCCAGGUCAAAUACGAAGGAGUGAUCCUCAACAAGGCCCAGACUAUUGUUUAGUUUUCCUUGUUUUACUUAGCUAUUUCAGAUCUUUUUGUGUGUCCCUCCUUUUGCUUAGAGCCUCUUUUACUCAGUUACCUUGUUUCGUUUCAUUUUAUUUACUAUAUGGCUUUGUUUUUGGCACCUGGAACACUCAUGGGGUCCCAAGAGAUAUUUCCAAAAGCGUGGGUACUUUAUCUAUUGAAGAAGCUAGAAAGGUUAAUAUUA